CCCGAGCCAACCUUCACUCAUCCAUCCUCAGUCUAUCUCUCGCCCAACCCCGAGCGCCGCCUCCUCUAUCUCUCGCCCAACCCCGCGCGCCGCCUCCUUCCAUCUCCUUUCCUCCCCGCCGGCCGCCGUCCGUCGACCUCUCCCCGCCGGCCUCACAGCUCCGCCUCACCUCCGACGAGGUCCGGAAGAACGGGCGCGUCCAAGCGCGGCCCGAGGCUGCUGACGGCCAAGCUAGUCACUGCAAGGCGGGCCGGCCGGCGAGGCCGCCCCCGUCCCCGGCGACCGGUCUCUUCGCCGUCCGUCGUCUGGGCCUCCAGAUCCGGCGACCGCGGCCUCUAUCAGCCACCUGCUAGCGCGCAUCGGAGCUGGAGACGAAGGCGACGGCGGCCCCCGUCGCGGUUCGGCGGGGUCGGCGCCUACCGCAUCAGCGCCAAGCCACCAGGAGGACGCCGUCGAGUUUGCUAGCUGCUUCCCCACGACCUAGGUUGGCGCUGUGUCGGAGGGGAACCAGGACGAGGAAGCAUUGUGGGCAACAUCAUGGAGGCACUAGCUCCUCUCUGUCGCAAGUUCCCUUGCUGCUUCUCCACGCACGACCAGUUGAGACAAGGCUGGGUGUUGUUGUCUGCUGCUGCUACCUACCGGAGCUGCUGCCAGCGGCCACAUUUCCGUGCUCCUGGAUGUCGCAGACCACCUCCCCAGCAAGCUGCUGCUGGUGAGCCAGCCCCUCUUCUCCAUGUAGGCUGUGUCGGAGGGGAACCAGGAGGAGGAGGAAGCGUGGUGGCCAAUGCCAUUGGCAGCAUCCUCAAGUGCAGCGUGGAGGCACUCAGAUUAAAUCCAUGACUUGGUUCAGGUUGGUUGGACAGGAAUUCGCCAUGUUCCCUAGCAUUGCUUCCUGUUCAUGGACAGCAAGUUGUUGUUAUGGGAAGAUCGAGAUAGGUGUGAUGCAUAUCAUCGCCUUAUUAUUGUACAGUCUUUGUGAAAUAUCUGUAUUUGCUUUGCUGAUCAUGCUCUAUUUUUUGUCCGAGGUUAACGAGGAGGAGUGAAGGACCGUGGUUGCCCCUUCUUCUUCUUCUUCUUCUUCUUCUUCUUCUUCUUCUUCUUCUUCAACUCCAUGUGUUUUAUGGGGAAGUUUAUAGCUCCUCUAUGUGAUUUCUAAGUCUUGUGUAGUAUUUACACCUCAAAUAUGUGUGAAGCUUGAAUUGCUUUCUUGGAUAUAUGAAGCUUGUAUAUAUGGCAUAUUUUCUUGAUCUGUGCA